GUCAUCAUCAUCGGGAAAACGGCUUUGCCUGGACGGGACUAAUUAUUUAGAAUUGGAGGAGGAGUGAUUCGAUCGAAAGAGAUCAAGCGACCGACACGGUAACGACAGGGCCCACUGGACACUGAGCACCCUUGGGCCUGUCUGUCAAGUAGACAUGUUUCAAACUGUCCCUGACACGUCGUCUUACGUCAAGGAGGCGCUAUCAGUGGUGAGUGAAGACCAGUCCUUAUUUGAGCCUCCGUACGCUGCUGCUGCCCCUCUCCCCAAGACAGACAUGACUGCAUCUGGCACACAGGACUACGGCCAGACCCACAAAAUCAACCCUUUACCCCCCCAGCAGGAGUGGAUCAACCAGCCAGUGCGGGUCAACGUCAAGAGAGAAUAUGAGCACAUGAAUGGAUCCAGCAGGGAGUCUCCAGUGGACUGCAGUGUGGGUAAAUGCAAUAAGCUGGUGGGGGGUAACGACACUUCUCAGAUGAACUAUGGAAACUACAUGGAUGAGAAAAAUGCCCCUCCCCCCAACAUGACCACCAAUGAGCGUCGAGUCAUUGUACCUGCAGACCCGUCGUUGUGGUCCCAGGACCAUGUGCGCCAGUGGCUAGAGUGGGCCAUCAAGGAAUACGGCCUGUUAGAGAUCGACACAGCCAUGUUUCAGAACACCGACGGCAAAGAGCUUUGCAAGAUGAGCAAGGACGACUUCCUCCGGCUCACCACCAUGUACAACGCCGAAGUGCUUCUCUCUCAUCUCAAUUACCUCAGGGAAAGUAGCUCAUCAUUAUCCUACAAUACACCAUCUCACACAGACCCAUCCCCACGUCUGGUUGCCAAAGAGGACCCUUCAUAUGAUGCUGUACGGCGGACAGGAUGGUCAAACAACAUGCACAGCGGCAAAGGCUCACCAGUGGUUACUCAAAAUGUGACCAAGUCCACUGAGCAGCCCAGAGCUCAGCCAGAUCCUUACCAGAUUCUUGGUCCCACCAGUAGUCGCCUAGCCAACCCAGGUUCAGGUCAGAUCCAGCUGUGGCAGUUCCUCUUGGAGCUCCUGUCUGACAGCGCCAAUGCCGGCUGCAUCACUUGGGAGGGCACCAAUGGCGAGUUCAAGAUGACGGACCCCGAUGAGGUGGCGCGGCGCUGGGGCGAGCGUAAGAGCAAGCCCAACAUGAACUAUGACAAGCUGAGCCGUGCGCUGCGCUACUACUACGACAAAAAUAUCAUGACCAAGGUGCACGGCAAGCGUUAUGCCUACAAGUUCGACUUCCAUGGCAUUGCUCAGGCACUGCAGCCGCACCCCACCGAGUCCUCCAUGUAUAAGUACCCCUCGGACCUAGCCUAUGUGCCUUCCUACCACGCCCACCAGCAGAAGGUCAACUUUGUAUCCCCACACCCUCCAUCCAUGCCCGUCACCUCCUCCAACUUCUUUGGACCCACUGCUCCAUACUGGAGCUCGCCCACUGCAGGCAUCUACCCCAACCCAAAUGUUCCCCGCCACCCUAACACCCAUGUGCCUUCCCACCUUGGCAGUUACUAUUAAAACACCCCUUCCUGUCCAUCCACCACCCUCUAAAACUUCCCCUCUCUCAACAUCAAAGUCCACAAUUGCUGACCUGCACUCCCAGUGACGCCAAACCGAUGAAGACUGAAUUGAUGGAGGCAUUUGUCCUCUGAAGAAAUUUUGCUCCUAAAUGAAGGAUGAUUAAAUUGAAGGACUUUUUUUUUUAUAUAUGUAAGAAUUUAUAAACAACUGGAUGCUAUGCUCCAAAAUGGAAUACUACUUACCUUUUCAAGACUAGCAACUGUUUGUUUAUGUUUUUUGGACGUGCGUCUGAGUUUCCUGUGCCUUUUUAUUUCCCUUCCUCCUGAAAGCUGCACCCACAGGUGCCCUUUCCAAAACCUUCCCAAAUCAAAGCCUGAGGACAGGAGAAACAACCCGAGUCUGUCUGCCUCCUCACCCUGCUAUCUUACCAGACAUGGGCCUAUUAUUCAUGGGUCUCAAUCUACAUCCUCCUCAGUACAUUAUGUACAUUACGCUUUAAAGCAUCUGCCUUUUCUGCUUGUCAACAGCCUUGUCCGGGGUUUCUUAUUCUCGUCCGCUCGUCUGUCCAUCUGCAUCUUUUUAUGUGUGUGUGGAGAGUCUUCUGGAAUUCGCUGGAUAAGGAAGAGCUCUCAAAGGGACGGACUUUUCUCAGCACUGAAUGAAAAUUUGGCAACUGGAAUAUGCCAUUCACAAUUUAAUUUAUCCUCCAAACUGGAAGGCUAGAGAAGAGUUAAAUGCCGCAGAAGGAAGCGCUGUAUGUUUUGCUGACCUGGGUCAACUCAGUUUCUUAAAAUGCUUUCUGUGUGUUUUGUUGUGGAGUUCACGACGGGCGAUGUGUACAGUUGAGUCGUUUGUGCUGGGUAAGCCGAGUCAAGAUGUAAUUGAAGUCAUUUGCAACAAUAAUUCAACCCAGGUCAGAUGUUUUCAGGGGGCCACACACUAGGCUACUACAGUAAAUGUUUGCCAUGUUGUUGCCUUUCAGCCAUUCCAUUUCCAGAUGUUUUGUUGCUGGACUGUGUCAGUAUUAAUGUGAAUGUCUUCUGGUUUGUGAAACACGUAAAAAGGGAUACCCCUGCAGCAAAAUCAAAAUUUGUCAGAUGUUUUCAUUUUGUUAAAACUUUUUAAUGGAGAAAAUAAAUUCCUUCAAACAUAAGACCAUGGUUGCUGCACCUGUCUAAAUCUAAAACAUAUAGAUAUUAUCUACAUAACAAAGCUGAAGGCUUAAUGUUGAUAAGUGGAUGUUAUUGUUUUUUUGUUUUUUUUUUAUACCUUACAGUGCAUCUACUUUUACUAUGUGGUGGUUUACUAUGUGCCAUAAUGAGACCCAAAACCCUAACCAUCAAAGUAUUAGUGCCAUGCCUUAACUGCUGUUUUAUACCAUAUAUUUCUAUUCAUUAAAGAUGAAACAGCAUUACAGCUUACAAAUGUAUUGUGAAGUACAUUAAUAAUUUCCACGUCUGACCAGAAAUCUGACAAUUUUUGAUUUUGAAGUGCACUCUGACAAUAACGGCUGCCACGGUGUCUCCUUCCUCUAUGUAGGCCAGUCAGGACCGUAUAGGUCAGCACAGAGAAGUGGCUUAGCAGUAAGUCAUGUUAGUGGACAGUCAAGUUGCAUUUUUUUUACAAGGGCUGGAUCCUAGUUUGAGAGCAGCAUGUGUGUUUGAAUGUUAGUUUCUCACUGAUCUAGAGCCCAGCAAAAUGCACAUGAAUCUCAAGUCAGGAUUUCAUCAUCAUCAUGUAAUAGUAUCAUAUCAAAACAUAUCCAUCUUCAGGUGUUCAAAGCUGUUUAUAGCAAAAGUAUUCCUUAAGAGUAACUGAGAAUGGACACUUGAAAAUAAAUUACUUGGGACUAAGUAGUUUAUCAGAGAACAAAACCAAUAAAGUAUGACGAGAUGAAACAAAGAAAUCCUCAGAUUCGCAAACGCUGUGCGUUUGUCAGACCUAUUUUUUAUUAUUUUAUAAGCAUCAGUCAACUAGGCAUUAAAGCAACUUACUGUAUAAAUUAUGCAGAGUUAUUUUCAUAUGUGACACAGUAUAAAAAAGUCAAGAGAAUUAAUACGAGUUGACCUCGGUCAAAAAUGCAAACCUUUUGAGUCCAUUUCUGCUAAGUAGUGUGUUCAGCAUUUAAGCGUUUUUAUAUCUGUACAUUUGGGCAAUGCAUUUUAACAUUUUUGUUGUCUUGUUGUUGUUAUUGUUUCUGAAAUUCGGUUGUAACAUCUUAAAUGCCUUUAAAUGCACAAGAUAUUUUCUUGUAUUCCCAAAACCAUAAAUGCCUGCUUGAAUCAUAAUCCAAUAGCCAGGGAUUCCUCUCCUCUAUUAUGCAACAUGUGGUUAAGAUGGUUUGUUUCCAUUUUGAAUCACUUUUUUUAUGCCAGACUGCCCUCAGAUUGGUAGCUUUUCCUGUGCAUUAAAGAAUUUCAGGUAUUUUAUGCAAAAACAGUAUUAAUAUCCACAACCCGCUUCUCAUGAAGAUCUAUAGCUUUAAAAGAACAAUAAAAAAGGGAACAUGUAAUUUGUAGCAUAAAGAAAUUAUUGUAAUGUACCCUUCCAUGUUUCACAAGCAUUGACAAUGAAAAGGGAUCUGUGCUACUUCGUAUAUGCAAUGUAUUUUGGAUAUCAAAUAUAUAUAUAUAUAUAGAUAUGUGUGUGCGUGUGUGUGUAUGUGUGUGUGCGUAUGUGUGUAUAAUUUUACAAUUAACCAGUGUAUUAUUAUUAUUAUUGUAAUUCCUGAAAUGUAUGAAUACCUUUUGGAAAAGGGCUUUUGUAUAGGAAAAUGUGACAAAAUAAAUGUUUUUACCUCUCA